AUGGAUAUGUUUGCGAAACAAUUUCCCUCCUCUAUGUUUCCAUUUCAGAACAUGGAAGGUAGCUCUGUUCAGAUACAAGCCGAGUAUGCCGACCGCGACCCAAACAACAACAGAAUUCAGCCUGCGUCUCUCAAGACCAACCUGCAAACCCUCAAAGUUUCCAAUGGCUCCCCAGGAAACAAUAAUACAGAUGAUAACGUUGACAUGUCAGGCCUCGAUCAUCCUGUUGGCGGAAUUGUAAACAAUCUGAACAAUCGCGACACGAGGCGCAAACAACACACAUCUAUCAACACCGGUCAGAUUCAUCAGCAAGCUGAAAUGGCACGCAUGCUACAGCCCACCAUCCGAGCACUUCAAUCAGCCACCAAUAAAGCUAUCAACAAUAGUAAGAAGAUCGCAAGUCAAGGCGAAAUCUUUAUAGGACCGAGAUUACCAAAUGGUCGGAAGACUUCGCGACGCCUCCCGGAAAGAGAUUCUUCCAGAGUGAGACGCGAGGAUUCUACCGAGAAGAAACGUAAACGGAAGGAAACGCACAAGACUGUUGUGAACGCGCCCAAUACAAAGCCGAAGAAAGAAAAGAACAAGAAGAAUGGUGGCGCUAACGCUAAAGCUAAGCCUUCGGAGGGUGCUGUCAAGAAGCGCAAGACCAGAAAGCCAAAAGAGGGGAAAGUGGACCACAUGGAAUAUUUGAUGGAACAUCGCAAGCUUGGGGACGUGAAUGCGCUUGCUGCUGCAGAUAAGACUGCCAGAUUAAACACGGACGAGAAAGUGGAUAUCUAUGGUCAUGGACUGAACCCUGCAGAUUGGGAGGCAGUGUAUCAACUGGAAUAUCAGGCGCGUACUGCAAGGCUCAGAGAAAGACAAGCUAGGGACGAACAAGCGUUGAUGUCGGCUUUAAACGGUCUCUCUCUUGAUGUAGCAAGAAUAGGUGGUGAAGAUUAUGAUUUGAUUCUCUGA